UAACUGACGAGUCCAUCCACUUUGUGUUGCAGCAACUGAAACACCCCAACCUGGUGAACCUGCUGGAGGUGUUCCGGAGGAAGCGGAGGCUGCACCUGGUCUUCGAAUACUGCGAGCACACAGUUCUCCAUGAGCUGGACAGGCACCCCCAGGGGGUGCCGGAGCAUCUGGUGAAGAGCAUAAUGUGGCAGACCCUCCAAGCUGUGAACUUCUGCCACAAGCACAACUGCAUCCACCGAGAUGUGAAGCCAGAAAACAUCCUGAUAACAAAGCACUCGGUCGUCAAACUUUGUGACUUCGGCUUCGCUCGCAGACUGACUGGCCCGAGCGACUACUACACGGACUACGUGGCUACCAGGUGGUACCGCUCCCCGGAGCUGCUCGUGGGGGACACCCAGUAUGGGCCCCCCGUGGACGUGUGGGCCAUCGGCUGCGUCCUGGCCGAGCUGCUCUCCGGGGUGCCCCUGUGGCCUGGCAGGUCUGAUGUUGACCAGCUGUACCUCAUCCGGAGAACCCUGGGGGAUCUUAUUCCCAGGCACCAGCAAGUGUUCAGCACCAACCAGUUCUUCAGUGGGGUGAGAAUUCCAGACCCAGAGAGCAUGGAGCCAUUAGAAGUGAAAUUCCCUAGUAUUUCAUACUCUGCUUUGGCUCUCAUGAAGGGUUGCCUUCACAUGGACCCUGCAGAGAGGCAGACCUGUGAGCAGCUGCUGCAGCAUCCCUAUUUUGACAGCAUCAGGGAGGCAGCAGAACUGGGGAAGGAACAGGAGAAGGCAGCUCGGAGACCAGCCAGGCUGACUCGGAAGCAUGUACCAGGGCACCUCCCUCAGCUAACCAGCAGCAACCUUCUGCCAGCCUUGGAGAGCAAGAAGUGCUGCUGCAAGCCCAGGAACUCCAACUACCAUUUCCCCAACAUCUAA